AUGAAAAUCCAGAAACAAUUAAAAGGCAAACCAUGCCGAAAAUUUGGUGCAUUUCUUUGGAAAACCCGCACAUUUACAAUUAAACAAGAAAAAGCCGUCUCCCUUGCAAAUAAAAAAGUAAACACAAAAAAACUGUCAAAUUUUGCAUUACAACUCAGAGCCAAACAACUUGUCUCUGCACUCUAUGGACAGCUUAAAUUACAACAUUUUAAACACCUUCUACAACAAAGCCAAAAAUAUAGAGGAAAGCUUGCGCAUAUCUUUUUCAGUCUGCUUGAAAAAAGACUUGAUAGUUGUUUAGUGCAAUUGAAAUUCGCACCAACUUUUUUAGCAGCUAGACAAUUAAUCAACCAUAAAAAAGUAUGCAUCAAUGGAAACAUCAUCACAGCACCUGGGGUUUUAUUAAAACCUGGAGAUUCAGUUAGCUUUAUCCCUGAGAUUCAAACACGUGUUGCAUCAAAUGUGCAAACUGCCUGUGCUCUCCACGACUCAAAAAAAGUGCUCGCAUAUAAACCAUUACAUUUUGAGGUAAAUUACAAAACCUUAGAGGCAAUUUUUUUAUUUUCACCUCAACAAGUACAUUACCCAACUCGAAUUGAACCUGAGUUAGUGCUGAAAGCUCUUCGCUAA